GGUCUUUUAUGUACACAUGACGCAGUCGCCCAAAAGGACUACUACCCUCGUCUAUCCGAAAUCCCCUCGGAAGUGGAUGAGGACGAGGAAACAGUGAAAAUAGUUCAACUAGUCAAAUCAGACGAACCACUGAGCGGUGAUGGAGUCGAACCGAUUGUGGGGGCGACGAUCAAGUUGUGUGAAGUCACUGGAAAAAUCGUGAUAGCAAGAGUGAUGCACGGUGGUGCUGCCGACAGAUCCGGUCUCAUUCAUGUUGGCGAUGAAGUAGUUGAAGUGAAUGGCAUCAGCGUCGAGGGAAAAACUCCGAAUUGUGUUCUUAAAAUUCUACAAAACUCUGAAGGCACUAUCACCUUCAAAAUUAUUCCAGCGGAUAAUAAAGGUGGGAUGAGGGAAAGUAAGGUUCGUAUGAGGGCUCACUUUUCCUACCGAGCAGCAGAGGAUCCUCAUAUUCCCUGCAAAGAGGCAGGACUAGACUUCAAUAAAGGUGAUGUCCUCCACAUAGUCACCCAAGACGAUGCAUACUGGUGGCAGGCCCGUCGCGAAGGUGAUAGAAACAUGAGAGCCGGCCUGAUCCCCAGUAGACCUCUACAAGAACGUCGAAUUAUCUUAGAGAGACAGCAAAAAGACAAGACUCAAGAUGAUGACAAUCUGAGCUUGUGUUCUGUUCCAGUGCCUUUGCCCGCAUUGUGCCCCCGUCCUAGUAGUUCUUCUCUGCACGCUUCGCCCACAAAGUGCAACUUGCAGGGAAUUAAAACUAAAAAAAUCAUGUAUGACGCUGCAGAGAACGACGACUUUGAUCGUGAAGAGAUACCAACCUAUGAGGAAGUUGCUAAGCUCUAUCCAAGACCUGGUUUGUAUCGUCCUGUUGUAUUGAUUGGACCACCUGGAGUUGGAAGGAAUGAACUCAAGAGGAGACUUAUGGCUACGGAUCCAGAUAAAUACAAAACGCCCGUUCCAUAUACAUCAAGAUCACCACGACCUGGGGAAGAAGACGGCAAAGAAUACCAUUUCUGCGCUCGUGAGAAAAUGGAUGAGGAUAUUGAGACGGGAAAGUUCAUCGAAUAUGGAGAGUACAAAGGAAACUUUUACGGCACAAAAGCAGACACAGUCAUUUCUCUAGUCAACGCUGGCUUCAUCGCUAUUCUCAAUCCUCACUAUCAGGCUCUUAAAAUGCUCAGAUCACCGCAGUUGAAACCUUACAUAAUUUAUAUUAAACCUCCUAGAUUCGAAAUACUCAAGGAAACCAGAAAUGAAGCGAGAGCUAGGUCUACUUUUGAUGAAACCAAUUCCAGAGGAUUUACGGACGAUGAAUUUCAAGAAAUUCUUCACAAUGCCGCUCGAAUAGAGUUCCUGUACUCCCACCUGUUUGACGAAGUCAUCGUUAAUGCAGACUUACCAAUAGCGCUCGAACAGUUAGUGUCAGCAAUACACCGGGUAGAAUCAGAGCCCCUGUGGGUGCCCGCCUCCUGGGUCCAGUGAAGCGAAUGAUUAAAGUAAAUCAAAUGAAUAACAUGAUAGAAUUGACUCGCAUUUCUUUUCUUGAGGUUACAAGUAUGAUGUACUACUAUCAUGGUGAUUUUCUAGUUCAUUUUGCCAUAAAAAAGAUCAAUGAUUUUUAUUUUUAUUGCCUCCUAAUAAUUAGGCAGAACGCCUCUUCAUCUACCUUCACUGCCAAAGAAACGUAAAAAUAAUAGUGUAGUAAAAGGAUUCACCCAUUGCGAAAACAAAAUAAAAAUAUCAGUUACUCUUAUUCUGGUUGAGAUGAAAACAGAUGAAAGAUGAUGAUGUUAAUUGUUGCCAAAUUGACGAAAAAUAAUUAUUGAUGAAAAAUAAUUGAACAAUUUUACGAAAGAAAUUUUUUGUCACUGACGUAUCAAAAGCUUGGUCCUACGGACUGGUUGGGACGGCUGAGGAAGUACCUAAGAGGUGUGUAUGGACCGAACCAUCCGUGAAGCAUUCGAUGUGGGCACAUUCGACCAGUCAGUGAAGAAAUUAUUGAAGCAGUGUAAGGUCUGCGCCACCCUUAACUCGAGCUCCACGCUGAUUUUAAAAUAUUACCAAUAAACAUUAUUUGUUGAGAAAGAGAAAAUAGUGAUUUUCUCAACAUAUUUUUCAUGAUAAUGAGAUUAAAGUGCCUGGAGAUGUUAAUUUAAAUUGAUACUUUUUUCUGCAUUUGAGUCGAAGAUGUUCUGCGAUAAAUGUGAAAUUAUCUCGAAAACUAGAGAAUUUAGCCAGCAAUGUCAUGAAAAUUUAUGGGGCGAGGAAAUUCUGGCUAAAAAUUUAUAAAAUUAUAUCCUAAAUUACUCAUGAUAAAGAUAAUUCACACAAAAUGAUAACUAUCUUUCCAUGAGGGGAUAAUGGGGUGCAAUAUCAAUCGGCAAUAUCUCCUGAUCAAGUGAUACAAUUUAGAUGAGUCAAAUCCCAUUUUAAAGUUUGGACAAAUAUCUUGAAAAUGAGAGAAAAAUGUUGGAAUUUCACUCUGCCGCUCUUGAGUUAUUGCUAAUUAAAAAAAUUGUAUUUUACCUUUCAAUUUUAUUGAGCCAAUAACUUUCCCAUUUUCUCAUCUUAUUAUUUAUUUGUUUUUCUGAAUAUUCACUCUCAAUUUAUACAGGGUGUCUCAUUUGAAACAGUAUGGCUUAAUGUAUUUUGUAGGAAGGGAAGGACAGCAAAAUUGUUCGUAUAAAAGUUGUAAGGUACGGAAAGGGGAAACUCAGUACUGAUGGAAUGUAAGCCUCCGUUGCUCAUGUUUUCAUGCUAUUAGCAUCAAGUCAGUUUUCUUCAAUGAUAACAACAUUUUUCACCCCUACAAAAGUUGUUCAUCUUGCCCUGAGAAGUUCAACUAUACCAUAUUUUCCGAUGACGUCAUCAUCUUUACAUGAAUAAUCGUAUAAAAAUCAAAUGAAAGGGAAAUAUCUAUAUUUCGACUACUUUGCCACGCUUGAACUCUGGAAUGUUAUUUAUUUACUAUCUCGUCAAUGUCCCAUGGAACCAAGAGAUGACUGAGGUGAGUGAGGACCCUUGUAAAAAUAUUAUUCUUUAUUUUGCGUCACUAACAAAAUAUCUUUUAUCGAGUUCACAAAAUCUCAUUCACUAUGGUUUAUUCAGCUAGUGAAUACGUGGAUAUUUUACUCAUAUUAGGUGAGUGUGAAGGAGUGUACCGGAGAGCUACAUGAUUGUGUGCACAAUGAUUUCCAAGUCGACACCGAAAUCUUUUUGCUGCAGUCAUUCGCCAAAUCGAAAGAAGUUGUCGGCAGGGAAGAAUUGGGCAACUAAGACGCCAGCAAGGUUUCAACCCUGAGAAUCCACAUAGCAUUGCUGUUUUAGCAAUGAUACCCAUGAAUCCUCAUAUUAGUUUACGCAACAUUGAACGUGAUUUGGGAAUACCACCUAGCACGGCUCACAGAAUCUUGAGAUCUUCUCGAUAUCAUCCCUACCGUAUCACUCUGACACAAGCAUUAUUUCCCCAAGAUAUGGAGAAUCAACUUCUGUCGUUGGGCUCUAGGAAGAUUGAACGGAAUCCCAGAUUUGACAAGUCCUAUUUAGUGAUGAAGCAAUUUUUCAGGGUACAGGCUCUUUGAAUCGUCACAAUUGUCACUAUUGGUCAGCCCGAAACCCUCACUGGACUCAAAGCAUUGAUCCCCAGCAUCGAUGGAGUGUGAAGGUGUGGUGCGGUAUUGUUGACAGUCAAGUGAUUGGACCCUAGUUCUUCGAUGGAACUGUUAACGGCAUGAGGUAUCCACAAUUUUUGUAGAAUGAAUUACCAGCUCUAAUGGAAAAUGUGCAUUCAGCAAAUAGACAGCGAGAGAUCAUUGUGAUCAGCGUGAGAGAUCAUCUAAACAUUAUUUUCUCCAACCGUUGGAUCGGUCGAGGUGGUUUUGUCCGAUAACCACCUCGAUCUCCUGACUUCACACCACUCGAUUUUUAUUUAUGUGGUUAUAUGAAAGAUGUUGUGUACAUCAAUCGACCGAUCACCGCUGCGGAUUUGUAAAGAGGGGUCAGAUAUGCAAUCGCGAAAAUUCCAGCUGAAGUCCUUCGAUCUGUUCGAAAUUACCGACGCCGGCUGGAGUUGUGCCUUGCUGUUAAUGGUGGUAACGUCGAACCUCUUCUGCAAUGACUAUUCCUGACACUUACACGGAGAUACAUAUACAAUACGUGGCAUAAAACCCGUUAGAUAGUCGAAAUGAAGGUGGUUCCCUUUGAUUUGAUUUUUGUACAAUUAUUCAUGUGAAAACGACGACAUCAUCGGUAUAGUAAAUGUGGUAUAGUUGAACUUCUCUUGGCAAGACGAACAACUUUUGUGCAGGUGAAAAAUGUCAUUUAAGAGAACUGACUUCAUGCUCGUAGCAUAGAAACAAGCAAAGGGGGGCUAGAUUCCAUCACCACUGAUUUUCCCCUUGCACCCAACAACUUUGAUUUGAACAAUUUUGCCGUCCCUCCCUUCUUACAAAAGAUAUCAAGCCGUAAUGUUUCAAAUACGCCCUGUAUACGGGUGUCCCAUCUGAAAAGAUGCUAAAUAU